UUUGUUUAGUAGCCCUUUACUGCAGGUAAGGAGCAGCUGUGAUAAGAAUCUUCAUCAACAUCGUCUCCAGAGGGACACCGAGUCAUCAUGAGGACCAGUCACAUCCUUCUUCUCUGCAUCCUGGGAGCUGCACUGCUUUCCUCAGUGUUCUGCCAAAACGCAAAUGGUCCUAAUGAGUGCUGCUUCAAAUUCUACCCGAGAAGAGUGAACAAAACUUUAAUCAAAUCAUACAAUAUGACUGAUAACCGCUGCCCGAGGACUGGAGUCAUUUUGAUGACCAAAAAGGGACGUUACAUCUGUGCGGAUCCUAAUCUCUCCUGGGUUGAAAAAAUCAUGAAAACUCUGGAUGAAGCCCUCCUGUAAAGCAGCCCCCCUCACCCUGUCUCACUCCUCUACAUUUUUUGCUCUGUUUUUUUGUUGCAAAUGACAUAUUGUGAAAUUGUUGAUUUUUUUUUUUUUUUUUACAAUAUAGUAAUGAUUUAGGUAUUAAUGUGCAAACCUGCUGUAAGUAAUGACCUAUUUUGCCUUCAAAUUGAGUCAUUUUGAGCCUGAAUUGGCCAAUCUAUCUGUUUUUGUAAUUUCUUUUAAAAGCUUUGUAUUGCCCACUGUAUCAUAUAAAUCUCAUAAAUACAUUAAAUCAUUUGGAAACUUUCA